UCCGCAUGUACCCUCUUAGCUUGAGGUGAGUUGUGCCCUCUGCUUGUGACCUUUCCCAAAUAUCUAAGAAAAAAGUCAGGGCAUGGGAGGAAGAUGAAGAGCGAGGGUUGGAGAGGGUGGAGGGACCUUGCAGGAUUCUUGCUUACUGUUGGUUCCUCCUAGGAGGAUGCGGAGAGGAAGCUCUUUCACUGUCAAGCGGGCUUCCCAGCCUGCCCCAGCCCUCUAGUCCAGAGAGAUCUUUUUUCGGGCGUGCCGCGCAGCGAACGCCGCGUAGAGGCGCAGAAUCCAUGUAUAGGACUGUUGGGACUGUAGGGGCUCAGCCCCAGAUUUAGACGCCGCCGGACCGAUGAUUCCCUGGUCUGGGUCCGAGGUGCUUGGUGCCGGAGGAGGAAGAGAAGGAGGGACUUGAGAAAUGAGGGGGUGGGGGUGGGGCAGGUAGGAAAGUGAUUUUCUUCCCCAUCUAUUUUCCUGCCCUGUGGAGCAAUGACAUCACCCAAGCUCCUCUGGGCACAAAGAAAGGCCAAGAGAAGGAGCAGGAGUAUGAGCCGGUGGUGGCUGCGGCUUCGGCUUCGGCUGCUAUCGAAAGAGGCCGAACAACCCCAGCCAGGUUCUGCUGCUGCUGCUGCUGCUGCUCCAGCUACUGUUUCCCCUCCUCUUCCUCUUCCUCCUCCUCCUUUUUCUCCUUCAGCUCCUCCACUUCGCUCCGCGCCAGUUGCUCGCUGAACUCGCUCUCGCUCCUGACGCCUGGGCUUGGAGCCCUCCUCCAUCGCCUCUUCCUCCUCCUCCUUAUCCCAUGCACACCGCCCUGGCCAGCAGAAGGCCGCCGGGCGCCAGCCUCGCAGCAUGCACUGGGGGAUUGGCUUUGCCUCGUCCAGGUCGUGUGUGGUGGAUUUGAGCCGGAACCAGAGCAUCUCCUUCGGCUUGUGGGCCGGAUCCGAGGAGCCCUAUACCUUUUAUGGGGACAUCGUCGCUUUCCCUUUGCAGGAUUACGGAGGGAUCAUGGCAGGGUUGGGUUCGGAUUCCUGGUGGAAGAAAACCCUGUACUUGACUGGCGGAGCCCUGCUGGCUGCAGCGGCGUACCUGCUCCACGAGCUCCUGGCCAUUAGGAAAGAGCAAGAGGUUGACUCCAAAGAUGCUAUUAUUUUGCAUCAGUUCUCAAGGCCAAACAAUGGUGUCCCCAGUUUGUCUCCUUUCUGUUUGAAAAUGGAAACUUAUUUAAGGAUGGCCGACUUACCUUACCAGAACUAUUUUGAUGGAAAACUUUCCCCUCAAGGGAAAAUGCCUUGGAUUGAAUACAAUCAGGAAAAAGUAUCUGGCACAGAAUUCAUCAUUGACUUUUUGGAAGAGAAACUUGGAGUGAACUUAAAUAAAAAUCUUGGCCCUCAUGAAAGAGCAGUUUCUCGAGCUGUGACCAAGAUGGUGGAGGAGCAUUUCUAUUGGACAUUAGCUUAUUGCCAAUGGGUGGACAAUCUACACGAGACCCAGAAGAUGCUUUCUCUUAGUGGUCCCUUUAGUGACCUGCUGAAGUGGAUUUUCUGCCACCUAACGAAAGGCAUUGUGAAACGGGAAAUGUAUGGCCAUGGUAUUGGCCGCUUCUCUGAGGAAGAAAUCUACAUGUUGAUGGAAAAAGACAUGCGAUCUCUAGCAGGACUUUUGGGUGAUAAAAAAUAUAUCAUGGGACCAAAAUUUUCUACUCUUGAUGCCACUGUCUUUGGACACUUGGCACAGGCAAUGUGGACCUUACCUGGGACAAGACCUGAGCGACUAAUCAAAGGAGAACUGAUUAACCUGGCUAUGUAUUGUGAAAGAAUAAGGAGGAAAUUCUGGCCAGAGUGGCACCACGACGAUGACAACACCAUCUAUGAGUCUGAGGAAAGCAGCGAAGGCAGCAAGACACACACCCCGCUGCCCGAUUUCAGCUUUUACUCAAGGACAGAAACCUUUGAUGACGAAGGGGCAGAGAACAGUAUAUCCCGUACGCCGGACACAGACUUCACUGGGCACUCCCUCUUUGAUUCUGAUGUGGACAUGGACGACUACAUAGACCACGAACAAUGCAAAUGAUGCUCAGGUCCGCGGACCCUUUUUUCUCAGAGCUGUCACCUCUUGGGGUCAGUCCAGUGUUCCCAGGUAGAGAACCAGACCCUGCAGGGAGGGAGAGCUCCUGGUCUGUGGUCCGUCCAGUUCUCUCAUGUUAACUGGACUAGGUCAGCCUUAUUUCUUUUUUUUGUAAAAAAAGACCAAGACAACAAAGACAAAACCCACAAGUAGCGGAAAAAGAAGUCAUUCAGAUGGCUCCAUUUAAACAGAGUCAGCAUGAUUCCUGAAAUCCAUUUUUGUUUUCGUGAGAAAACCAAUAUCCCAGUCAGUUUGGGUGCAGGGAGAACAGAGAAAGGGCCAACAGGGAAAUACAUAGGAAAAGCCUCUUUAAAAAGGAGGUCAAGAUCUUAGUUGAAAGAGGACUGCUUGGAAUUCCUACAUCUGCCUGUAGUGGAAAUGGUUGUAAGAUGUCAAAAUGGAAAAAUGUAGGUUUUAAAACAAAAUUUUCCUGGUGGCUGUGUGUCCUGUGUGUAUGUGAAUUGUAUGUUCCAAAAGGCAGCAUAAAUCAAAUCAACAAGUAUUUACUGAGCUCCUACUGUGUGCAAAGCACUGUGCUAGGUGCUAAUCAGGAAUAUGCUUCUUCUAAGCUCUGCCAGUGACUCGCUGUGUGACCUUGGACAAGUCACUUAACUUUUGUGUGCCUCAGUCUCCUCUGCCUGUAAGAUGGGGAUUAUAAUAAUUUCCACCUACCUACCUCACAGGGAUGUUGUGAGGAUUCAUGAGAUUCAAAAAGGCGCCUUGUACCCUUGGGAAAAAAGGCGCUACAUAGACACAAAAUAUCAUUUGUCUUUGUGAUUCAUGUGUGUGAGAGACAUUGAGAGAGGGAAAAGGAGUUCUAAUGCAUCCACUGGUCAGAUGGUCAGGGGUGCUAUCCUAGCAGGUGAAGUGUAUGCACAGGUAGGGGCAGUUAUGGCUCUGUCUACCAUCAUUCCUUUUCAUAACUUUGCUUGAAAUCUUUCUUUGAAAGAAUGCUGCAAACCACAGGACAGCUGGAAACAUUCUAAUAUUUUUCCGUGUCCUUGAAGAAUAGUGUUUUUCCUUGUUUUUCCUCAGAGGGACCCAAUAUCCACGUCUCUUCCACCCCAAGAUAGUAGGUUGCCAUUUUUUUUUAAGGCAGCAAAGUACAGGAAGACCCUAUGUCUGAUGGAGAUAAAGGAGACUUUUAUAGAUUUUGGCAAUCAGUUUUUGCCUACUUUAAAAAACAAACAAACAAACAAACAUUCCUUUAAAAACUGAAAAACAAAACCAAUGCUUUGUGGGAGAUGAUGAAAAGUUACAGUAGGAAGGGAGUCAUCUUAUUGCAUAUCAGUGCACUACUCUGGGCACUACAAUAUUAGAGGGGUGCUACACAGUUUUCCUAAUGUGACUUUUCUGAUAUGUUAGUUUAUAGCCCAAAGAAAGAGGCUAAUCUAGUGUUCUUAAAUGAUUUGUUCUUCCCACAGAAUCUAAUGAAAUGCUGAGCUUCAUUGAUAUAGUUUUUAGAGGUAUCAUUUCUCCUGAUAAUGAUGUUUUUUGUUGAUUCAUAGGAACUUGGGUUUAAGAAUUUUUGAAAAACAAUCAGGAGAGACCUUAAAGUCACCUCUAGUUAUUGGUUCAGAUUGUUGGGGUUGUGGCUAGAGAUGUGGACGAAUAGGCUAAAAAGAUCUACCCUUCCAGGCAGCACCUGUAGUUGCAAAUGAACUAAUUAUCCCCCUUCGGGCUUAUGAAAGGGGUAAGGAUUCCACAAGGUAAUGAUUCCAUGGGGAUUUGGGGGUUGGUAGAGAGGCAGCAUCUUAUAUUAUGAUACCUAAAUGGUCAUUGCAGACCAAUUUCUUGCCUCAAGUUUUUAUCUCAAAUAUAGUUUUUGUAAGAUAGUCCUUAUGGAACUAUAGUUGAAUCAUAAAAGGGAAAUAGGAAGAGCAUUUGUGGCUCUCUAGGCAACCAUUAGCACCCGUGUAGGGUCCAUAUAGCAAAAGCCCUGGAAACAGGGUUAGAUCAGAGAGGUUUAUUUCACAGGCAAUUGCCUCCAGGAAUGACUGGAAAGGCUUCUAGUGCUAACAUCUGAUCAGAAUCAUUUCUAUCUGAUGAAACUCUUGGUUUUUAUGGAGCAAAUGUAGGAAGGGUAAUUGGAGCAUGGAACACCAUCAAUUUCACCAACUCUAUUUGGAGUGUUUUUCGAAGUUUGUUUGAGGGUGCUCUUCCCUUGUCACCUUUCAGACCAGGCAUGGAAUGCUGCUGGGAGUGGCUUGCUAGGGAUUAAUUUAGCUGGAAUGUGGAUAAACUACUGACAAGGAAAGAUGAACAUAAUGAAUAUAUAGGCGAUAUAUAUAUUUCUUUAAAAUAAUGCCUUGCCAUCAUUGGUUUGGUAACCAGCCAUAUUUAUGGAAAAGAGAACCAUUUUAGAGAUUUUAGUCAGUGGGGGAGUUGGAAACCUUCCUUGGUUUUGAGUUGGUGAUAAAAUGAUCUGAAAAUCUGCUUACAACCUGAGGAAGACAGUGUGGUACAGUGGGAAAAGAGUUUGGGCUCAGAGGAUCUGGUUUCCAACCCCAGUCCUGCCAAUUUCUGCCUGUGUGACCUUGGGCAAGUCAGUUACUUAACCGGUUCAGUUUCCUCAUGGGUGAAAUGCAUAUUUGCACUCUAUGACCAUUAAGGUUCCUGUGGGGGCUAAACCAAUAAGUCUAUGAAUAGUUCCCUCUGCGUGUGUGUGUGUGAACUCUAUGAAGUGCUAAACACACUCAUACAUAGGCAGCUGUGUGCUGUGAACCUCUAACUUGAAGAAUAUUGAAUGGAGAUCCAGCUUCCCAAGUGUGGAUGGAAAAGAAUUUAUUUCAGGUGAUUUUUUUCAAGCUAUCUUACACAGGAGCUUGAAUCAGAAUUUCUCUUUGAGGACCUUAAUGAGAGUUCAUGUCUCUCUAAAUCACAGUUGUUCACGUAAUAGGAAAUCUGACUUUGACAACUGACUAACCUAACUAUGUAAUCCUUCUGCAAGGUGAAGUCUAAAGCAAAACUUACAUUCACUGUAGUGUCUGUAACUUGCAGCAGGCUUUUAUAUGAGGCUCCCCAAACUUUUUUUAGAGCUUCCUUUCUUUUUUUUUUACUAUUUUAUUUAAUUUUAUUAUUAUUAUUUUUUUGAGCUUCAUUUCUUUUAAAUCUGGAUUUGGAAGGGCUAUUUACAAAGAAGGUCUUGACAUUUGGGAAGCCAGUAGGGACAGCUCUCUUUAAGAUCUUGGAUCAUUUGUCUAUAUUUUGAGGCAUUUUCCCACAGAUGUCUUUUGCGGGGGUCAGAAGAUCCUUGAGCCAACCAUACCCUUUACUUACCCUGGCAAAAAACAAUGACAGCCCCAAAUGAACCCCAAUCAGCCUGGUGGAGGGGAGAGUAUAAUGAAUUUAGAGUCAGAACACUUGAAUUCAAAUCCCGCGUCUGUAUUUACUACCUGUGUGACUUUUGGCAAGUCACCAAAUUGUGUGGAUUUCAGCUUUCUCUUCUAUAAAAUGAGUGAAUUGGACGAGAUGACUUCUGAGGUCCCUUUCAGCUCUAAAUCUAUGAUCUUGUGAUUGCCUUAUUAAAAUUAAUGAACCUCACAGUGUUAAUUUUAAUGAGACAUCAAUGAGGGUGCAUCAUUCCUUUAUAAAGAAGUUAAGCCAGUCAACAGGCAUUUAUUAAGAACCUACCAUGUACCUCACUCUGUGCCAGAUACUAAAGAUAAAAAGUAAAAAAUGAAGCAGCAACAGCUCUCCAGCAGUGUCUGUUCUCUCAGAAGUGCACAUUUAAAAAGUAUAAGCAGAAUAAUAAAUAAAUUGAAAGUAGUAACAGGAAUUAAGGGCAUUAGCAGUUGAGGGGUUCAGGAAAUGGCUUAGGAGAAGUAAUGCUUGGGCUGAGAGCUGAAGGAGAAAAGGGAUUCUGAGGUAGAAGCGAAGGGGGAGGGCAUUUCUAGGCAUGGGGAACAUCUGGGAUAAAGCCUUGAGAUGGCAGACAGAGGUGCUAUCUUUAUAAAGAAUAGUACAAAAGCCAGUUUGGUUGCAUCAGAGGGUGCAGAAAUGGGAAGAAUUUAUAAGGAAUUUGGAAAGGUAGACUGAGGCUAAGUUGUGAUGGGUUUUAAAAAGCUAAACGGAUGAAUUUCUCUUUUAUCCUAGAGAUAAUAAUUGUCACAUAUGAACAAGGAAAUUCAACAUUAAUCCUUUGUGAACACUGUUAGAACUAACUUUGUGGAAUGCUAGGAACACUUGCGCAUCAGGGAAUUUAUUAGUUACAUCUCUUAUUUACUGUACGUGAGGAUAUCUGUAGAAAGGCAAGAGUAGGCAGAAUUGAGGGCAAAAAUGUCAGGGUUUUCCAGGGGAAUUGUGCAUCAGAUAUGGGAAGGGGUGGGGGGGGCAGGGGAGGGAAAGAACGCGAGUCUUGUAACUAUGGAAAAAUAUUCUAAAUCAUCUAAUUAAAUAAAAUUAAAAAAAAUAAAAGAAUGUCAGAGUUUUUUGCUUGACAAAUCAAAAGAAAGCAUAGAAGUAGGCUCUUAAUUCAUGUAACCAUGGAAAAAUUAAAAAAAGAAAAAAGAAUCAGACUCUCUUAGAAUGGAAAAAGAUCUUUGAGAUUAGUGAAUUCAGGCCCUUUCUUUUACAGGCCAUAUUAAAAUUGUAUCUAGUUCUGGUUUCUCUGACCAUUCCUCCCCCUACUUUCCUCCCCUUCUAGUCAAUAUAGUAAGUAAGUUUUAGGAGGAAAUAAGAUUGCCAAAGGCAAUCUGGAAGUUAUGUACAAACUGUCCCAAAGAUUGAAGGAACAGAAUUUACAAAUCGUAUAAUAUAUUAACUAAAAUUCACUGUGCCUGCACCUAUUUCAUAGUUUUAUUAGUCAACAAUUCAGAGGCCCAGAGACAUGAGGAAUUUCUCCAAUGUCACAGCUAGGAAGUAGCAGGUUAUGGACUAUUAUUGAAAUUUUUUGACAUUUAGUCCAAUGUUCUUUUCAGUAGACUCCCCUGAUCUUGCUCCCUCACACCCCAAAUGACUCUCCCUUUGAAUUUUCCUGUUUAUUUUAAUGAUGUUACCUUUCUCCUGGUCUCUGAGGCCCCCAGACCUCUUUGAUUCUCCUCUCUCACUUGCCAUAUUGAAUCAGCCAUGAAGUCCUUCUGUUCUUUUUUCAGGGUGUCUUCCAAGUUUAUUCUCAUAAUUCUUCCCAAAAGGGCAGCUAGAUGGGGAAAUGGAAUAGAGUGCUGGGCAUGGAAUCAGGAAGACCUGAGCUCAGAUCUGGCCUCAGACACUUACUAGUUAUGUGAUCCUAGGCAAGUCACUCAAUUCUGUUUGCCUUAGUUUCCUUAUGGAAAAGGAGCUAAGAGAAGGAAAUGGCAAACUACUCUAGGUUCUCUGCCAAGAAAACCCCAAAUAGGUCAGGAAGAGUCAGAUUUGGCAGAAACAGUUGAACAACAGCAACAAUGCUAACAUUUCCCACCAAAAAUCAGACUCCAAUACAUAAUCUUGCUUCUAGAUUUUUCUGCUAAUCUCUUAGCUCAUCUCCCUGUCUCUAAUCUCUUCUUUUCACUCCAGUCCUUCCUGAUUAAACUUGCUGAAACCUCUUCUUCCAUCAUGUCAUUCCUUUGGUCAAAAGCCUUCAUCAUAAAGGGGACAUUAAAGCUGUUAAAAAAUCUUUAGCCUAAUAUUUAAUCCCAAUAACAAUCUGACCCUUAAUUUGUUUUUCCAGGUAUUUAUUAAUGCACCAUUCUUCCCUUGCAUAAGUCUUUUCCUCUAGCCACCUUGCAUUUGCAAAUCUCUGUACCUUGGGUCACACCACUUCCUCUCCUAGAUUGUCCUCAUCUCUUUCUUCUCCUUAUCUAAUCAUAAUUCCCCUUUAAGGUCUGGCACCAGGUUUUUCUCUACCAUGAAGCCACCUCUGAUUAUUUCAUUUUAUAGAGAUCUUUCUAUUCCCUGAAUUUAUACCAUGUAUUAUCCUGGUACAGUGGAGAGAACACUUAUGUAAGAUGCAAUUAAAGCUUGAAAUGGAACUCAAAUUUUAGUACUAAAUUGUGCUAUUUAAAUUCAUUGUACAUUUAUCCCCCACCUAUAGUGCAGGAAGGAGAGAUACGUUGGGAAAAAAUUAAGCAAAAUGAAUCCAAACAGGAAUGCAAAGUUCCUUGUGUUUUGGGAGACAGGGAAGGGAUAGACCUAAAAGAGAACAUGGGAAAAUAGUUAUGAAUCUUCAGAUUUGAAUAGACUCAUUUAGUAUUCUGAUAAAGAAACUUUUUAAAUUAAAAGAUUUUUAGUUUUUAAAAAAACCACAUGAUCCAAAUAGCUAGUAUAGCAACAGGCUAUGUGAUAGAGUGGAAACAAUAUUAGUCCCAGAGUUGGAAGACUUAACAUUGUUCAAAAUUUAGCUCUGUUCAUUAUUAGCUGUGUGACUUUAGGCAAGCCAUUUUACACUGGCCCUACAUUUCCUCUGAAAAACAAGGGGGUUGAACUCAAUUGCUUAGGUUCUAAGAAGAUCAAAUAUUUGUCAAGUCAAAUAGAAAGUAUAGGGUCCAAAUCCAGUUCUUGAUCCUAUGAUCUAGUUCGUCAAGCAGGUGAUGAGUAAACAUUAGUUAAAGAUUUACUCUGGGUGAAGAAGGGCAGCUCUAGCUUCAGAUACUGCUUGUGUGAUCCUGGACAAGUCACUGAACCCUGUAUCCCUUUGGUUUUUUCAUCUGAAAAAAGGAGCUGGAGAAGGAAAUGGCAAACCACUCCAGUCCCCACAUCAUGCUAAGGGCUAGUGAUACAGACACAAGUGAAGCAGUCCCUGCUCUCCAUGAACUCAUAUAAAUUCCAAAUGUGGAGAAAGCAUGUCUAUUUGUAAAUACAUACAGAUUAUACACACAGUAAAUAUAGGUAGUUUGCGGGGGGAGACCUUUAGCACUUAGGGAGAUUCAUUAGGGCUUCCUAUAGAAAUGACUAUGAGACUGAGUCUUGAAGGGAAUCCGAGAUUCCCAAAGGUGGAGGUGAGGAAGAACGAGGGGCAAGAGUAGGUAUGUGUGGAGGGGAGUCAUGCAGAGCAACCCUGGAUAGUUACGAGGAAUAAGUGGAUUCAAAUAUUUGGAUAUGAAAUAAAUUUGAUUUAAAUCAUGAGAAUGUUUUCCAAAUGGAUCCUGUCAAGUGAACUCCUUUCUGCAUGCAAAUUUUCUAGCUGGGACAGCCCAGACUACUAAGAGAAUGCUUGUGGAGACUAAAUCGGCUGGAAAGGAAUUCCUACCCUUUCAAGGUUUGCAAGAGCUUGUCCUCAUCCAGGUCUUUGUGCUGACCAUUUAUUGAUUUAUUUGUUUUUUUGAAGAAGACUGAGCAAGUACCUUUAUUCUAAGAAAAAUCUGCAUAAGUUAACUUUGCCCAUUUUUAUGUUUGUAAAAAUUAGAAAACAUUUGAUGUUAAAAUCUCUUAGAACAAACUAAGUUCUAUUAUAAAGAAAUAUAAUUUAUAAUCUAACUUAGAGCAUUUCUAUCUUCCUAAAGAAAGGAAAGAUGAACAACCCCAAAUUUGAUUAAAUUGAGCUACUGAAUUACUCCAUUUUUGAAAUGGAAACUAGUCCAACGAAAUUAGCACGUUUCCAUUAAAAAAAACUCUUCCGGUACUGCCCAGCACCUGACAACAAUGCAAAUAUUUUGUUUUAAUUUGGGUACUAUUUUUGCAUUCCCUUUUUUCAUAUUCCACCCAAGUGUUUUUAUAAUUUACUUUAGGUAGUCAUGUAGAGAAAUAAAAGAUUACUUCAAAUUUCAUAACAUAUUUUCUUUGUAGGCUCAAGAUCAGUGAUGCUUUUGAUGGCACUAGAUGUGCUAUAGAACAUAAUCACAAGCAUCACAGAGGGUUCAACUCUGACUCAGAGUCAAACACCAUAGCAUGUGCUGAUCAUUUAUAUGAAUGUUAUUUUCAACUAGAGGUCAAUCAAUGCCUUUGGUGCGAAUCAACUCAGGUUAUUUGGACAGGUCUGGUUAGUUGACUUUUCCUCAUCACGACUUUAAUGCUGCAAACACCUUUUCUUCUAUCAUGUGAUUGAUGACUAGCUAGCUACUUUAAGAGGAUCAAAUAGUUGUCAAAUCAAAUAGAAAGUAUGCAGUCCAAAUCCAUAUACUUGGCAAGCAAUUUGUUCCAAGUGUUGAGGGUCUGGUUAUUUCCCAAAGCAUUAGUAUAACUUACAAAGGAUGGAAACAUCAGGUAAUGGUUUGGUGGUAACUCAUUAUAGCUAAAUUUUUGUAGCCGGUGGCAGAGGCUUACAUAUAUGAAUGUAUGUAUUACGUGUGUGUAUAUAUGUAUGUCUGUGUGUCUGUGUAUUUGUGUCUGUUUCCUUUAAAUCCCUUCCUAAGAGUUUCCUUUUUUUUUUUGCUCUUGACUUUCCUAGUCCUUGCUUCAUGUCUCUUUUGGGAAGGUUCUUGGCUUUGGAAUCCAGGCAGGUUUUUUUAGUUAUGAAGAUUGUCUUGAGGAGUGACUCUAGCAUUACCCAGGACUGAGGAUAGGGGUGUGUGUGGCUUCCUAAGGAAUUGUGGCCACCAAUGCUCUUGGCUCACAGGAAGCUGGGACUAGAUUUAGGAACUAGAACAAAGCUUUCCAUGGAGCUUUGCCAAACAAAAGGAUUGCUCUAAAAAGUAUCCCAAGGAUUGUCUUUACUUUUCCCCUCCUCAAAUUUCUAGAUAAACCAAAGCCAACACUUAAACCUUUUUUUUUAUUGACAUCUUUUGUUUUUAUGUGACCUGUGUUUUCUCUUAUAUUCUACUCCCUCACCUCCCCAGAGAGUUAUCUUUUGUAAUAAAGAUUUUUUUAAAGAGAAAAAUAUUCUGCAGAACCAAUAAACAUAUAAAAAAAUCUGAUGAUAUACAAGUUUUCCUCACCUUCCAAACCUCUUCUCUGCAAAGAAUUUUUUUUAGGGGGGUGUGGAGGUAUCUUUUUAUAAUUCUUAUUUAGGGCCAAGCUUGUUCUUUAUAAUUUUAUAAACUUUAUUUCCUUUUUCUGAGUCACUUUCAGUUUAAUGUAUGUGUUUAAUUUUAUAUUACAAAUAUUUAGAGAUUAUUUUCACUUUAUGAGAGCUCUCUUUUAACUAGGUAAAACCAGUAAUAGAGUGACCUCAUAGGAAAGUACAUGCAACUUUUCAUAUCACCUUUCUAAUUUAAAAAAUGAACAAAUAUAUUUUCUCUCCCUCCCAUACCUCACAUCACUGUAAAAAAGGAAAGAAUGAAACACAUUUCUUGUAACAAAUAAAUGUAGACAAGCAAAACAAAUUCUUCAAAUGGCUGCAUUCAAAAAUAUAUGCCUCAUUCUUUACCCUAAAUCCAUUACCUCUCUGUAAUGGACAACAUGUUGCAUCAUCGAUUCUCUGGAAUCAUGAAUGGGCUUUGGAAUGAUCAUAUUUCUUCCAGCUCCUUAUAGUCAAUUGUUUUGUGGUUGUUAUUCCUUUCAACUGUGAUGUAGUCAUUAUGAACAUUGUCUUCCUAGAUCUGCUUGUUUCACUUUGCAUUAGGUUAUAGAAAUCGGGUUGCGUUCUUCUGUCUGCAUCAUAAAAGCUAACAUUGUCAAUGUGAAAAUAAAUAGCUGAAAUUGUGCAGUUCCAAGAUGAUGGCUACAUGAAAACACAAACAAUUGUCUAAUCCAAUGCAAGAAAUCUAUUGGGUAGACAAAGAAACCAGUUGAUUGAAUUUGUCACUUUUGUCUCAAUUUUCUUUUUUUUUCUUGAUGGUGUUGCCUGAAGAACCUUUCCUCCAGGUUUUUGGCUACUUACCUUUUUUUUUUCCAUUAUGAAUUUUUGAAAAAUAGUUUCUUUACAGCUUUGACUAUAAUAAGCCAGUUAAGAUAUAAAGAAGCAUGUAGAUAUUUAUCAUUAUUCAUUUCAUAAACGAUCACAAGCAUUUAUGCAGCAUUUUGUUUUUUCCUCUUUUAACAGGCAUUGAUUUUUUUCAGGGAUGGUGCAUGGACAAAACUGUCUUCAUCUGAAAGGAAAUGUAAUGCCUUUUGCCUGCUUUACAACCUCAUCAUAACCAAUUUCUUUUUCUCUUGUCGUCUCUAACACCUUAAAGUGCCAUUUUAAUUAGUUGCUACUGAGGAGAAUUAUAAAGGGAAUCUAAUCUAAUAUGAUUAUGUUUUUGGAGGACCUUCAGAAAGGAAAGCUAUUUUUCUUCCUUUGUUUGGAUUCAUUAUCGUCAUUAUUAUUUUGUUAAAGCUGUGUAGAAUGAAACGUGUCCCCUCCUGUUUGAUUGGUACACUCCCUGAGAAGUCUCUUUUGGCACAUUAAAACAGAAACCAUGCCCCUGUGGUUUCAUUUUUACCUUUGACAAAUUGCAUCUGAAAUGUUUUGCAGCAAUGGGCUAAAUACAAUUUUCAACUUUGCAAGAGACGUAGGUUCCAGCAGUGGCGAUAAAUUCGUCUUAUUUCUGUCAAAAUGAGUUUACUUCAAGUAAGGAAGCCUCGUGGAAUUAGGCUUUCGUGCACACAUAGGUUCUUCCCAAUGAAACUGCCCUAUAUAGGAUGCUUGACAGCUGGAAGUUCUGAUGCCUGGGGUUUCUGGAUGGCGGUAGUUGGAAAAAUGAUGAUCUGAGGUCUUCAUUCAGUACUAUUGUAACAUUAAGUGGAAGGAGUGGGAAUAAUUAUGUUCAAUCCAUGUGAACUCCAGGGGUGAAGAAACUAAGGUCUGGGUUUCAUAUCAGGUAACUUUGACUCAUGUUUUCUUGGGAUUUGGCAUUCUCUCAAGCAAAUGAAAAGCUGUAGGUUGAGAAGUUGAACAUGAAUGUACUUAAUACACAGAGCUAUUGCUUACAUGUAUACAAGUGACUAAUGCAAAUGUAAUUUGUCUUCAUUUUUUACUGGUUAAGAAACCAGGGAUGUCUUCAGAGGUACAUAUGUACUUGUCUAUAUACACAAUUGUAUAAAAUAUCCACACAUAUAUAUGUAUACACAGAUAUACAUGUACACACGUAUACAGCCUACCCUUUCAGCAUCUUGGAUCUACCUAAUUUUAGACCUCUAGAACACACCCCAACUUUUGGGGAGUUGUAGCUCUUUAUCUCUGGAUUUUGAGGUUUUCCCCCUACCCCUUCAAAAAUGCUGCAUCAUGUACAUUAAAAAAAAUCCAAUUCAAUGAUUUUUGUUUUGAGAGUUUUGCAACAUUCUUUGAGAGAUAAUUGGAGACAUCCUUAAAUAGAUGAGAUCGAAGGGUCCUUGUGGAAAGAGUACUAGAUUUGGAGUCAGACAUCUGGGGUUGAGUAUCAGUUCUGUUACUCUGGAUAACUCUGGGCAAGUCAUAGCAUCAUAGAUUUAGAGCUCAAAUGGGAGUUGGAGGUCAUCUAGGCUAAUUUUCUCAUUUUAUAGAUGAGGAAAUCAAGGCUCAGAGAAGUUAAAUGAUUUGACCAGGGUCAAACAGGUGGUAAGUAGCAGAACUGGGAUUUGCAUUCAGAUCCGCAGGCUCUAGAUUGAACACUUUUUUUCCAAUGGACCUCCUCAUUUUACCUUUCUGGACCUCAGUUUCUUCAUCUCUAAAAUAGGGAAAUAGUUUUGGUUGAGCCAGCUGACCAUAAAAUCCCUCCCACCUCUAAAUCUAAGAUGCUAUGUCACUAGUUUUAGGCUAAAAGGCAAAGAUGUUGUACCUCUAGAUUGUGAAGCAAUCAGUUAGCAAUUUUAGUGAGUCUGUAUAAAUGGCAAAAGAGGAAAGACUCACCUAUGGGACCUGGGGCUAAAGGAAGUAUGGACUUUCUGCACUGUGUUUUGCAUUUGAAAAAUGUAUUUCUUAUUCAGAGAGUGGGAAGAUUUAGAGUAACUUUUCUGUGAGUUCUUCCAUUUCUCCAUUUUGGGUACCGGAUGGUGUAAAGUUGGAGUCCUUAACCAUAUUUGUGUGUGUCAGGGAACCCUUUGGCAACAUUUUAAAAUACAUGGAAUAAAAUACAUAGAAUUACAAAGAAAACAAAUUAUAUUGAAAUAUAGGUAUGCAAAUCUGUAUUAAAAAUUUGACAGAAAUCAGGUUGAGUAUGUCUUCAAUGUUGUUGAGGAUUUUUCCAUCCCCAAUCAGAACAAGACAGACUAAAUAAAAAUAGUCUAUGUGAAGACUAGAUCCCCUAAGAAAUCUCAACUGUGAUCUUCUAGCCACCUUUCAAAGAAAACUUAUUUUUGACUCCAUAGGUAAUGACUGAUGGCUUCUAAGGUCAGUCAUUUCUGGCCCUGACUAUAUAAUCCGAUGACAUGUUUCAGAAAGAUGUAUGUCUUCUGUUGUUUUUGUAAUUCCUUGUGUUUAUAUGUCCUUGAGGUGGACAGGUUUUUAAUUUUCAGAACUUUUAAGACAUAGCAGACCCAACAAUUUCACAAUUAAUUAGAAUCCCUGUUCCUUUGAUGCCUAGGGAGUGGCUUGGACAGACAUCUAUCUGUAGGAUCCCUUUUGUAAGUAUCACAAAAGAACAUAUUGCUAGCCAAGGACUCUCAAUUAGGGGAACCUGCGGCCCAUCGUUUGCUUCUUGACCUACAUGAAACAAGUUAUGUUGGCACUGUUAUUACUACUAGUUUAUAAAGCCAUAUCUAAACUUGUAUACUUGAUUGUAAGAUAGAUUUGAAUUGUGCAUUAGGUUGAUGACUAUGUAUAUAAAUCUGUGAAAAUCUGUAUAUUUGGUCUCAAUGCUUCAUGUAUCUGAUGUGUAAAUGAUCAUUAGUGGAUAUGAAA